UUGCUGUUCUUGAGAACGCCUGCAGGUGGGAAAGUAUUACCGAAUUUGCAGCGGUAUUGAUUUCUCCUUCAGACAAUUUCGUCUAAAAUAGAUAUAUGUUGGAUGUUUUUUCUUUUUUUUGGCAUGUUCCUCACCCAAAAGAUCAAUCAUGUCUUCCACUUUAGCACUCCUGUCAAAGCACAGAGGCGCAGUCUCUGUUGCCGCCGUGGCUAAUACAGCUUCUAUGCUGUUUGGAUACGAUACAGGUGUCGCUGGAUCUGUAGUAGCACUGCAAAGGUAGUUAUGAAAGAUCUGCCACGGAGAAAGAUGCCUGACUGACCACUGAAUAGCUUUUCCACAGAGUUCAAACUCUCCACUAGCGUUGCACACAAAGCAUACAUUUCCUCCAACAUAGUAGCACUGCUCAAUGCUGGCGCAUUCUUUGGAGCUAUAGUUCCAGCCUUUCUCACAAAGUUUAUUGGUCGGAAGCCAACGAUGACUAUUGCAGCAGCCUUUCUUAUGCUCGGUGGAAUCCUUCAAACUGCUGCGCAGCCACCUUCUCUGUCCAUGAUCUAUGCCGGACGUAUUAUUUCCGGUUUUGGUGUUGGUAUGGUUAGCAAUCUCACUCCUAUUUUAGUUGCGGAAACCGCACCAAAGGAACUCAGAGGGUUCUUAAUGGGACUUUUCGAGAUGUUCCUUGUUAGCGGAGGAUUACUGGCUUAUUGGACCACAUACGGAUGCUCGCUACAUCUGCAUCCGACAAGCAAACAAUGGAGAGUUCCACUGGGCAUCCAGAUUAUCCUCGCCGCAAUUAUCAUGCUUGGGUCAUUUUUCAUCCUCGAGUCUCCAAGAUGGCUGGCCAAACAAAAUCGAUGGGACGAGGCCGAACACGCAUUGUGCUAUCUCCGAGGCUCAACGUCCGAGGACUUGGAAAUCAAAACUGAGAUUGCAGAGAUGCAUGCGCAAAUUGAAGAGGAGAUUGCCGCGACCUCUGGUAGAUCGAUAACUGAAUUGUUUCAAUCAAGAAACCUUAUUCGUCUUGUUUGGGGAUGUGGUGUCUCAUUCUUCAGUAUUUGGUGUGGGCAUAAUGGAAUCUUGUACUACGGACCCACGGUAUUCAAGCAGAUUGGCUUUACCGCUCAGAAUGCUGCUCUUUUCGCCAGCGGAAUCUUUACCUGUAUCAAAGUCGGUGUUACUGCUCUUUUCUUGAUCGCAGGAGUAAGUUGGGACAUACCCUUCGCCUUUUCUUCAUCUUGAAACCUCAAACGAUUGUCCACAUAAUUCUGACAUUGACAUCAUCUAGAUUCAACAUUUCAAGAGGAAAACCCUUUUGAGUGUUGGUAGUGCUGGCAUGGCAAUCACUAUGUUUGCCCUUGGUGCAGUCUUAGCCACACAUCCACCAGCCACCGGACACGCAACAAAUGAUACACCUAGUGGAAAGGGAAUGGUAUGGAGACUACACCACAGCGCUUAAGAUUCAGGCUAACUUCCUUAGAUGGCGAUCAUCUACCUCUUCGUAGUCUUCUAUUCCAUGUCUUGGGGACCUAUUGCUUGGGUCUACAUUGGAGAGUAAGUUGCGACAAUACUUUAUGUGGAUGUCUACCAACUAACAAUCUCAGGAUCUAUCCUACUCGAAUUCGUGACUGGGGAAUGGCUAUCAGUGUCAUGGUAGUCUGGCUUUUCAAUUAUGUCGUCUCCAGAGAGACUCCAAUCGCCGUGUUGAACAUCGGAUGGAAGACUUGGAUGGUAUGUCUAUUUUUGUAUAUGAAUCAACAGGUUGAAAGAUGAAGCUAACAAAUCCGAUAUGAGUAGAUCUUUGGAACAUUUAAUUCAGUUGCAUUCAUUUUUGUUUGGUUCCUUCCCGAGACCAAAGGUUUGAGUUUGGAAGAAAUGGAUGUUCUCUUCAAGGUUGUGAAUGAAGAUAUUAGAAGGAAAGACAUUGACGAGCAUGUCGUUGUGCCAGUUGAAGGCAGCGAAAAGAGCGCAAGUGGUGAGGCAGUCAAGGAGGUUUGAGCUAUGCCAUUGAUGCAAAUGAUAGUAAUGUAUGUGGCGCGCUGUAUAUAUACCUAAUGAAAAGAGCCCACUUCAACUUAAUGGAAAGUAAUAAUAAUGCAGCACUUGCUGCGUACUCUUUACUCGC